GCGCUACUUACCUGCUUCAGCCGCGGAGCCAAGUUCCUUCCAUCUGACAAGACCCCACAGUCUCCUCACAUAGCUGCUGAUUUCUACACUUGCUGGAUAUAUGAAGAAUAAGAGAUGAAUUUGGAGCAGGACCGGUCCUUUGUGUGCAAUGCUCCUGGCUGCUCACAGCGAUUCCCCACAGAGGAUCACCUGAUGAUUCACAGGCACAAGCAUGAGAUGACCUUGAAGUUUCCUUCAAUAAAGAAUGAUAACCUGUUGUCAGACCAGACGCCGACUCCAACUCGUUUCUUGAAAAACUGUGAGGAAGUGGGGCUCUUCAAUGACAUUGACUUGGAGCAUGAAUUUCGAAGUGCGCAAGAAGAAGAAAACAGCAAAAGGAACAUCACACUACAUAACUCGGUUGGAGGCAUGGCAGGACCUGCAUCACACCAGCUAUCAAAUCCAAGACUGCCAAACCAUGACACCAGUGUUGUAAUACAACAGGCAAUGCCAUCUCCCCAGUCCAGCUCAGUCAUCACACAAGCACCUUCUACAAAUCGCCAGAUUGGGCCUGUCCCGGGCUCUCUUUCCUCACUACUGCAUCUCCACAACAGACAACGACAACCCAUGCCUGCCUCUAUGCCUGGCACGCUGCCCAACCCCACCAUGCCUGGAUCCUCUGCUGUGUUGAUGCCUAUGGAAAGACAGAUGUCAAUGAACUCCAAUAUCAUGGGGAUGCAGGGACCCAAUCUAAGCAACCCUUGUGCUUCACCUCAAGUCCCUUCAAUGCACUCAGAUGCCAAAAUGAGAUUAAAAGCAGCUUUAUCCCAUCACCCUGGAACUAUAUCUAAUGGAAAUAUGAAUUCAAUGGGACACAUGAUGGAAAUGAUGAGCAGGAACAGUCAGGAACAGUCUCCACAUCAUCAUAUGCACUCUCAUCCUCAUCAGCAUCAAAAUCUCCCGCAACAUCACCCAUACUCUCAUCAGCAGCACCAGCAGCCGGCACAUCAUCCCCAUUCUCAGCCUCAUCACCAAGGACAUGCUCAUCAUCACUCCCAUUCACAUCUGCACCCGCAUCAGUCACACCACCAGACGUCACCACAUCAUCCCCUGCACAGUGGCGGACAAGCACAGCUCUCACCAGCAGCACAGCAAAUGCAGCCCACUCAGACAAUACAACCCCCUCAGCCCACGGGAGGCCGACGCAGGAGGGUGGUGGAUGAGGAUCCAGACGAGAGGCGGCGAAAGUUUCUGGAAAGGAACCGAGCAGCUGCCACCCGGUGCAGACAGAAAAGGAAGGUCUGGGUGAUGUCACUGGAAAAGAAAGCAGAGGAACUCACCCAGACAAACAUGCAGCUUCAGAAUGAGGUGUCCAUGUUGAAAAAUGAGGUAGCACAACUCAAACAGCUAUUGCUAACACAUAAAGACUGUCCGAUAACGGCCAUGCAGAAAGAAUCACAGGGAUACUUGAGUCCUGAGAACAGUCCACCAGAGAGCCCAGUUCCUGCAUGCUCCCAGCAGCAAGUGAUCCAGCAUAACACCAUUACAACUUCCUCUUCAGUCAGUGAUAUGGUUGGAAGCUCCUCGCUAAACCCUCUUGCCAACCACAGAACAGACAUAAAUCCCAUUCUCUGAAACAAUGGGUUCAAGAACUGCCUUCGGGAGUUUGGUAUUAAAUCAGAUCUUCCAUUUUUAUGAACUUUUUUCAACUUUAUUUGAAACCUGGAAGUCUCUUCAGUCAUUGAAAGACCAUACCUACCCUUUUUUAUAGUAUUCAUUGUUUUGUCUUUUUUUGUCAAAGAAAAGGGAUUUGAUGACCUUAUCAUGCAGUUUUGGGAAAUGCGUGAUGCUUUCUCAGUGUUCUGGUACAGUGUAUUUGUUUAUGAACUGCCGCAUUAUGUACAUAGCUCCAUUUUUGGCUUUUUUUUUUCUUAUUGAUAUAGAGCCAUUUGUUCUUUUUAAAAUGUAUGAAUAUAAAAAAGGUUAACAGCCAUUUCUGCUCAAAGACCAAAUUCAGGGGGCUGCAUCAAGGUAAUAAAGUGUACCAUUACAUUUUUUUAGAGCCAGACAUUUUCUAGGGCAGACCCAACCUUUGAGAAACUACGUCCGAUGAACCUGGAAGCAAUUCCUCAAGCUAUGUCAGAUGAAAUUUUUGCACCACAAAAGAGUUGCUUCCUUUUUUCGUGGGUAAUGUACAUGUAGCAUUGUAAAAGCAACUACAGUAUGAUCUGUUACAUUUCCAGUACUAAUCUUUACAUUUCAGAAUCCUUAUAUUCACAAUUUAGCUAAAGAAAGAAGUGUAGAUAACCUUAAACUAUAUAACUUAAUGGGCCUCAUGUAUCCCGACUGUUCUUGCUGUUCAUGGCAACUAGUCCAUAGUCUCUUGCUGGCAUUUGAAUUGCAAAAAUUGUGACAUUUGAGAUCUGUGUCCUGGCAAAAUCAGGACUUUUGGGAUGUAUAUCCAUGAUUCCAGGGAAAUUAAAAAAAAUGAAAACUAAAUUUGAUUGGUUGUUGUGAACAGUAGGACAUCUCUUCUACUGAGGUUUCAUAGAUGAGGCCAUCUGGGGCAGACUUAUCAAGUAAAAACCUGGUCUGAGGCUUAUGACAAAGGUUUCAGGUGGUGUGUGUCUUAUUAAUGUAAGAGUUAAGCCUAUUUAGAGACUCCAAACGACACUUUUGAUGGAAAUAACAGGGUGUGGCUUGUUACAGUUUAUUUCAAAAUGUUGAUAAUUUUUGGGUGCAUUCACAUGGACGUAUCUCGGUCUAUGUUUGUGCCAAAGCAAGAACAGAUUUUAAAAAAGAAGCAAAAAUUUGCACAAAGUUUUUCUAUUUUCCUUGGAAGUUAUUCUCAUGAUAAAACAUAGACAUGUAAAUGCAUCCCUUAGGCCUUGUUAAGGCAACUGUAUUACAACUAAAUUAAGGAAACUGUAUAUUUAGCUUCAAAAUGCAAUCUGAUCACUUUUAGGGACCCUUUGGAGAAUUUUGUUUUCUCCUUAAUUCCUCUCUAGGGGUUCAUUUAUGUCUUGUAGCUAAAUAUACAUGUCCCCCGUAGAGCUGUAAUAGAGUGGCCUGAAUUAGACACAUUAAUUAUCAUCCAUGAUUUUUUAAACUAUGUAACAGAAACAUGAAUAUGUUUUUGCACAAAAACAACACAUUUCCCUAUAGCAGUAUUUAUGAAGCUGUCCCGUCACGUUCUAAAGAAUAAUGUGCCUCCUACUAUAUUUUACUAUAGCAAUCCUGAAUGUUCAGGCCUACAUCAAGUCCUGACCUUGUAGUCUACUGUCAUUAUAUGUUCACAAAACUUCUGUGUGAGUUCUGAUACCUUAGAUCAUACAAUAAUGGAGAUUCUUUAAAACAGUAUGGUUGCCUAUAGCACUUAACCAGCAAUGAUUUUAAAGAGCAAUUUACCAAAGCUAACAUCUGAUCGGUUCCAAUGUGCAAACAUGGCGCACCACAAAUUCAUUUUUUCCACUAAAGUUUAGAAACUAAAAGCAGAACCCUGAUUCGUUGCUAUGGGUAGAGAGGACAUGAGGCCCAAUGAUGCAUACAUGAAGCCGAUUGAUUUACUAUUGGCGUAAGUUUAUUAUAUUGCCAAUAUUGGAGCUCUGUACAACAUCCUAAUGGCACACAUCCAUAAUACAAUGCUGUAGACUGUUGUAGGGCCCUACUGUACCUCUGUAUACUUUUGAUUUUGUAUGGAGACAUACAGAUUUCUCAGUAUUGAAUGGCUUAGUAUUACUGAGCUAUUCUGAGCAGAGCACCAUACCCUGGUGAAUAGAGUUCCUCAGGUUCCAUAAUAUGGAGCCCAAAGGACUCUGUCUGCUC